AUGGCAUGCUCGAAAAUAUUUUCAGGGGAUUUACCUGAAUUAAUAGAAGAAAUUAUACAGUAUUUUAGAAAAGAUUUAUCAACAUUAUAUUCAUGUAUUUUAGUUAAUAGAUUAUGGUGUCGUUUAGCCAUUCCAUUAUUAUGGGAAGAUCCAUUUUCAAUUCCUACCCAACAUUAUCGUUGUAUUGAAACUUAUUUAUGCUUUUUAAAUGAAGAUAGCAAAGCAAAAUUUAAUGAAUACAUAAUUAUUGAUAAUUUGUUACUUUCAAAUAGUACAUUAUUAUUCAAUUAUCCUAAUUUUAUUAAAUAUUUAGAUACAAGUAAAAUUUGUCAGUCUAUAAAAUAUUGGGUUGAUACUCUAGUGGAUAUAUAUAAUAAUGAGUUAGGAAACUUAGUUUAUAGGUCAUUAUUUGAAGUAUUUAUUGAAAGUGAAGGAAAUUUACUUUCUUUUGAAGUUGUAAUGAUUACAGAUUAUGGUUGUGAUGGAUAUUUUAAUGAUAAUAUAGACUUGAUUUUACAAAAUCCAAAACUUACAUAUAAUAUCAGAAAUUUAAAUUUUGAUCAUUAUGCUAUUUCACCUCAAAAUACUAUUUCAUUUUUGAAAUUUUUAUAUUCUAAUUGCAAUUCAAUCUCAUCAAUUAUCUUUUUUUUUCCUACAUAUGGUAUUGGUCAUUCAUUAUCAUUAAUUGAAAAUUGUUUAACACAAAUAAUUAUUUCACAACAUAAUCUCAAAAAAAUUUCAUUUGGAUAUUAUAUUAAUCCACAUGAUUCACUUUUAUCAUUAAAAAAUUCUAAUUGUUCAAAUACUUUAAAUACAAUUAUAUUUUGUUUCAUUGAUUUUAAAAAUAUAAUUAAUAUUUUGCAAGAGGCUUUUGAUCAAUUGAAUGUUUUAGAAUCUAUUCAUAUUCUUUAUUGUGAUUCUUUAAAUUCUGAUUUUGUUCAACAAAUUAUUAAGGUUAAUAAACCUUUUAAAUUAAGAUCUUUAUUUGUGAAUGAAAUAUUACAUUUUGAAUCAUUGCAAUUAUUAUUACAGAAAUUUAUUGAUUAUUUAGAAAAUUUUGGAUUUGAAUAUGAUGAAUAUGAUGAACCAAAACGACAAUUAUUUAAAUUUAUUACGAAAUAUUGUAAAAAGAUUAGAUAUUUUGAUUCAGGAAUACCUGAUGAUGAUAAUAAUAUUUAUUUGUUCAUUGAAAAUAAUCAACAUAAUAUUAAUUAUAUUACUAUUGAAGUAGAUAUUGAUAAUUAUACUAAUUAUAAAGAAUUAAGUUCAACUGUAUUACAGAAUUUAGGACAGGUUCUUCCUAUUAAAUUAGAAUAUUUAUGUUUAUCCCUUUCAUUUAAGACAAGUGAUCUGGAAAUAUUUUUAAAAAAUUCACAAAAUACUUUUAUUAAGAAAUUAUUAAUUAGAAAUAUAGUGAUAGGUAAAGGUGAAAAUAUUUUAUUUUGUAUAAAGAAAUAUAUUAUGAAGAAAGAAAAGGUUAAAUAUUUGGCUAUUUUAGAAUCGGGUUCUGAUGAUGAUAAGUUUGAUGAUGAAUUAUUUUUUUUAAAAGAUGAAGUAAAUGAAUUUAAGUCACAUAAUAUUAUAGUUCAAAAAUACAAUGAUUUAUGUAUUCUUGCAUAUGAUUAUAUAAACAAUCAUUUAUAA